UUGUUUCUCCUAUCUUCUGGCUAUAUUUUGAUUCUUGUUUCGUAUUUGGGAAUUAGUGGAAUUUGUUUGAUUGGUUAUGGGUCUUUUUAUGAGAUUGAUGCGUGUCGAGAAGGUUUGUCAGAAAAGUUAUGACGUGGGAUUGCUACUGAUUCAAAAGUGUUUCUGACUAGACUAGCUCAAAAUUCUGACUACACAAUAUUUAUACAUAUUUCAGCAAAACAACCAAUUCUUGAUGUUCAUCGAAGCGGUGAAUGUAGCAUCGCAGUUUUUCAUAUGUUAAUUAAUCUUGAGCGACUUCACACAGUUCAAAGACCAAAAUCAAAAUUCAGUCGUCUUCACAAAUCAAUAUUUUCGUUAUCGAUUUUUGUGGGAUACAUUAUUGUACUCAUCUAUGUGAUAGUUUCAAAGCGUAGGAGAUUUUUUUUUUGGAAAAAAUGGGAUUUUAUGUAGUAUUUUUCUAGAAUCUAAUACAAUUGUGCCAGAUAUUUCGGGACUUCUUAUAAUUCUGAUAACAAAUUUGUGUAGCUUGGUGGUAAAUUUAUCAAAAUUUUUCGAAUUUUGAAAUUUCAAAGUUAAUUUUUUCUACAGCUUGAGAUUUACCUCUUCAGUCUAUCGAAAACAAUGUUUCAAAAAACCAAAGGUUUAAUCGAUCUUCGAAAACGAUAUGAAAUAUUUUCAUCUAUCAAAAUCACAAAAUCAUUUCUACCCGCCUCAAUAUCUAGCAUAUUUUUUCAUUCAAGUGUAAUAGCUUUAUUGUAUGGAGCUAGAUUCAUUACUGAUCCAAAUGUUCCUGGCCCAUAUUUUUUGGUUGUGAAUUUAUGUUGGAAUUUAGACGCAGCAUUGUUCCCGUGGUUUUUCAUUUCAACGAAUUCGAAGUUUAGGAAGCAGGUGACUAUUAAUUUUGUGAAAAAUUUAAGAAUUUCAAAUUUAUGAAGCUUUGCCAGAAUCGUCAAUCAACUCCUGUGAUUAUAAUUCGACAUGAGCAGAAUGAUUAUUUUCGACAAUUUCAAUCAUCUUGGAAGCUAUGA